AUGUAUCCCGCUAUUUCCAAUCGAUUAGAAUCGUUAAGCAACGAAUUAUUACUUGAUAUUUUUGAAUAUCUUGAUGCAUACAACUUGUAUCAAACUUUUUACGGAUUGAAUCAUCGUAUUAAUGAUGUUCUUCAAUCUGCUCAUUUACACAUUCUUUACGAUUCAUCAAAUGAAAACAAAACUUGUUGGGAUACACUUAUAUCCUCUGUUAAUCCAUCACAAAUCCGUAUAUUAUCUUGCUAUACGGAUAUUAACAUUGAUAAUCAUUUUUUGUCUUCUGCUAAACAAUAUCUACGGUCCGUUCGUUUAUGUGGAAUGAAUCGACAGUCAAUCAGCACACUAUUGCAGCAUUUUCCAAGUGAUAAUCAAAUUAGACGUUUAUCUAUUAGAGAACAUUCGCGUUCUACAAAUCGAAAUAGUGAUUCUCUCUUUGAUCUUAUAUUAGUCGAUAAUGCUCAUCGUUUUACCUCACUUGUUAACCUUUCAUUAUCAUCUACUCGCUAUAUGAAUGUUACUUCGGUUGCUUCAGUUCGAUUUUUACAGCUUCGUCAUCUAUCGAUUAAUAACUGUUGGUGGUCAACAAAUUUUCUUCAAUUUCUUCAUAAUAAUGUACCAAAUCUCAAAUCACUAAAAUUUAUUGGAUACUAUAACUUGUUGAAUCUACCAUCGGAUUUUGCUUUGAAACAUGUUGAUGAACUGCAUUUGAAUCACUUCAGUAGUUUCGCCAGUCUGCAAAACAUACUUUCUGUUUUUCCUUGUUUACGUCGACUCUAUAUAGGUCAGGGAAAUAGGCGACAAUCUGCAGUCAUCAGUGGUAUUCAAUGGCAGCAGUUGAUUGAAAAUUAUUUGCCUAAUUUGAGACAAUUAACUAUUGAUUUUGGUGACGGAAUUGAUGAAGAUAUUGUAAAAGCAUUCUAUACAGGUGAAUUUUGGUCAACAAAAAAAGUCAGUGUUAAGAUGAUAAUUAACAAAACACAAUCUCGAUAUCGACUUGUCAAAACAAUUUAUUUUGGCCAACAAUGGCAGUUUAGAUAUUUUGACAACUUUGAAUUGUAA